GGGCCUUGGCGGGUUGCGGCGGAGCCGGGGCGGUGAGGGUCGGCCGUCUGUGGUCGGGCUGCGGGCGGCUCGGGCAGGUCGCGGGCGCCACAGGUUGAAGAAGAAAGGUGCCACUUUGGCAUGAAGAUAGACUCACUUAGACGUCAAUCUUUUAAGCUGAGUGCAUUGUGAUUUCCAAUAAUUGAGGCAGUGGUUCUAAAAGCUGUCUACAUUAAUGAAAAGAGCAAUGUGGCCAGCUUGACUAAGCCGCCAGUGUGUGCAGCGCGGGCAGGACACCACCGGGUCUCGACGGACUUGUGCAUGUUAGCAGUAUAGAUUUAUGUAAGGUGGUUUAAAACUCUGGUGUUUUAAAAUAGUCUUAACUGCUCAUAAUAUGGAGACAUAUGAGAGUCCCUCUCCUCUCCCGCGUGAGCCCGCAGGAGAAGCGAUGAUGGAGAACCGAGCUUGCCCCUUCCAAGUGCUGCCCCAUGAACAGUCUCCACCACCUCCCCUGCAAACGUCCAGUGAUGCAGAGGUAAUGGACGUUGGCUCUGGUGGUGAUGGACAGUCCGAACCUCCUGCCGAGGACCCUUUCAACUUCUACGGAGCUUCUCUUCUCUCCAAAGGAUCCUUCUCUAAGGGCCGCCUCCUCAUAGACCCGAACUGUAGUGGCCACAGCCCGCGCACUGCCCGGCACGCACCCGCAGUCCGGAAGUUCUCCCCUGACCUUAAGUUGCUUAAGGAUGUAAAGAUUAGUGUGAGCUUUACUGAGAGCUGUAGGAGUAAGGACAGGAAGGUGCUGUACACAGGAGUAGAACGCAGCACUCGGGCUGAAUGUAGCCUGCUCCUUAGUCCUGUCAGUGGGGACGUGCAUGCUUGUCCCUUUGGCGGGAGUGUUGGUAAUGGGGUAGGCCUAGGGGGUGAGAGUGCAGAUAAGAAGGAUGAGGAAAAUGAGCUGGAUCAGGAAAAGAGAGUGGAGUACGCAGUGCUCGAUGAGUUAGAAGAUUUUACUGACAAUUUGGAGCUAGAUGAAGAAGGAACAGGCGGGUUCACGGCUAAAGCAAUCGUUCAAAGAGACAGAGUGGAUGAAGAGGCCUUGAAUUUCUCCUAUGAGGAUGAAUUUGACAAUGAUGUGGAUGCUUUGCUAGAAGAAGGUCUUUGUGCUCCCAAAAAGAGGCGGAUGGAGGAAAAAUAUGGCGGAGACAGUGAUCAUCCAUCUGAUGGAGAGACAAGUGUGCAGCCAAUGAUGACCAAGAUUAAAACAGUGCUCAAGAGUCGUGGCCGUCCACCUACAGAGCCAUUGCCUGAUGGAUGGAUCAUGACUUUUCAUAACUCUGGAGUUCCUGUAUACCUGCACAGAGAGUCUCGGGUGGUUACCUGGUCCAGACCCUACUUCUUGGGAACGGGAAGCAUACGGAAACAUGAUCCUCCUCUAAGCAGUAUCCCCUGUCUGCAUUACAAGAAAAUGAAGGAUAAUGAGGAACGGGAGCAAAACUGUGAUCUCACACCCAGUGGGGAGGUGUCACCUGCCAAGCCCCUGGGUCGAUCUGCAGAGUUGGAUUUCCCUUUGGAAGAGCCUGACUCCAUGGGUGGAGACUUGGGGUCCUUAGAUGAGAAGGACCCACUGGGGGCUGAGGCAGCCCCUGGAGCCUUGGGGCAAGUGAAAGCUAAAGUUGAGGUUUGCAAAGAUGAAUCAGUUGAUCUGGAAGAAUUUCGUACCUACCUGGAGAAGCGUUUUGACUUUGAACAAGUAACUGUGAAAAAAUUUAGGACUUGGGCUGAGCGCCGCCAGUUCAACCGUGAGAUGAAGCGGAAGCAGGCAGAGUCAGAGAGGCCCAUUCUGCCAGCCAACCAGAAGCUCAUCACCUUAUCUGUGCAAGAUGCACCUACAAAGAAAGAGUUUGUCAUCAAUCCCAAUGGGAAAUCCGAGGUCUGCAUCCUGCACGAAUACAUGCAGCGAGUCCUCAAGGUCCGCCCUGUUUAUAAUUUCUUUGAAUGUGAGAAUCCAAGUGAGCCUUUUGGUGCCUCCGUGACCAUUGAUGGUGUGACUUACGGAUCUGGAACUGCAAGCAGCAAAAAACUUGCGAAGAAUAAAGCUGCCCGAGCCACACUGGAAAUUCUCAUCCCAGACUUUGUUAAACAGACCUCUGAGGAGAAGCCCAAAGACAGUGAGGAACUGGAGUAUUUUAACCACAUCAGUAUUGAGGAUUCACGAGUCUACGAACUGACCAGCAAAGCCGGGCUGUUGUCUCCGUAUCAGAUCCUCCAUGAGUGCCUUAAAAGAAACCAUGGAAUGGGUGACACAUCCAUCAAGUUUGAAGUGGUUCCUGGGAAAAACCAGAAGAGCGAAUAUGUCAUGGCAUGCGGCAAACACACAGUGCGCGGGUGGUGUAAGAAUAAACGAGUUGGGAAACAAUUAGCCUCUCAGAAAAUCCUUCAGCUGCUGCACCCACAUGUCAAGAAUUGGGGGUCCUUACUGCGCAUGUAUGGUCGUGAGAGCAGCAAAAUGGUGAAGCAGGAGACCUCUGACAAGAGUGUGAUAGAGCUACAGCAGUAUGCCAAGAAGAACAGGCCCAACCUUCACAUCCUGAGCAAGCUGCAAGAGGAAAUGAAGAGGCUGGCUGCAGAGCGGGAGGAGACUCGGAAGAAGCCCAAGAUGUCAAUUGUAGCAUCUGCCCAGCCUGGUGGUGAGCCCUUGUGCACAGUGGAUGUAUGAGGUAGGAGGCAUGGGCCAACAGUGCUUCCCAGGAGACCAUCAGCAACACAUCACUGCAGCACCAGGCCUCCAACCUAAGUUCCCUUCCUGUGGCAUUGUCUGGGCUUUGCUCUGACAUGCAGGGACAGCUGUGACCCUACAGCACACGUUCAAAGAAGCAGUUCUUCUGGAAGCUGCUCUCAAUGUGACUUGAUAUAUUUAAGGAUCAUCAGCUAUAAGUAACUGCACAAGUGGAAGCUGAUAGCCAGCUGUAGAUCCUGCUUGUACGUAUCUGCUGCAGACUGUUUUUAUGAAGGUUUCCAUGAAUUUUAGUACACUAUAUGCACUGACAAGAACUGAUACUUGGCUGAUAAGAUGAGAUGACCAGGUUUUAUAGCUUUGGCUGGCCUAUGAUGCCAGGUAGUCCUUCUGCUCAUAGUUCCUUCUGGUGGAACCACUGAGGCCUGGUCAGAAGGUACAGGUAUCCUGUACUGUAGUAUUAACUGCUUUGUGUGUUUCCCAUUUUCCUCUGAAAAAGUUAUAACAGAAAGGGUGAUUUCAGGCUAUUUUGGCUUAAAAUAAAACAAAAUUUUAGCACCA